AUAUUUUAAAAAAUGGAGUCAACUCAGGAUGAGAAACUUGGAGAAGAUCUGAGUGAACAGAUAGUGGGAACAAGGAUAUGUCUUAAGGGAGACUUUGGAACGAUAAGGUACUUUGGGAAGUUACAGUUGGAAAAGGCAGGGGAUGAUCAUUGGUAUGGGGUUGAGUGGGACAGGAAGGAGUCGAAGAAGGGGUUUUAUACAGCGUAUACGGAUAUUAAUGAGGGUAUUGAGGAAGCUAAGAAAGUUCAUGUUGAGACGAAGCAGAGGGGAAAUCAUAAUGGGACAGUUGAAGGGGUGGAAUAUUUCACUCCUAUUUAUAAUGGACCUCAGGAUAAGUGAUGUUCUUUUAUUAGAGAGGGGAAAUUAGUAUUUGGAACAUCUAUCAAAGAAGCUCUUGAGGAGAAAUAUCAGGUUUAUAAGGAAAAGACUGAGGAAGAAAAGCAGAAAAGUGAGAAAGAAGAGGAAGAGUCUCUUUUUGUAGGGACUAAUACUGGAGGUCAGAUGAGAGUAGAGGUUGUAGGAGUUGAGAAGAGUUAUAAUUGGAGAACAGAUAUUUCCAAAAGCAGUGAAGUUGCGCUACAAAGUUUAAAGAUUGAUAAAGUUGGACCACCAGGCACUUUGAGAGAUAUGAUUCCGAUAUGUCAGUACUUGUAUCUUGACAAUAAUCUACUAUGGAAUUGGGAUCAAUUCUUCUUGAUUACGAGGCAACUGAAGUUUUUGCAUACUCUUAAUCUUUCUGGAAAUAGGUUCAAAAGAAUAGAUGAUUCUUAUAUGGCAGAAAAGAACGUUAAUGACUUGAUUAAUCCCUCUUUGAAAGUUCUAGUCCUUAAUAAAAUGCAACUUGACUGGAGCCAGAUUCAUAUUAUUGCUCCUGCGCUUACAUUAUUGCAAGAGUUGCAUCUUUGAGAAAAUAAUUGUAGUAAGAUUUCCUCCGAAUAUGAAAUCUCGAAGGACUGAUGGAGGGAUUUGAUAUACCUCAACUUAGAAGAUAAUAAAAUAUCAGGCUGGGAAGAAAUUCAAGGAUUUAGAAAGCUAAAAGAGCUUAAAAAGCUAGGUUUAGGAAUAAACCUGAUCCAAAAAGUAGAGUUCAGGCCAGGCUUUAGACAGCUCACAGCUGUUGAUUUAUACCAAAACCUUAUUGACAACUGGGAGAGUAUCGAUCAGCUCAAUAAUUAUUUUGAAUUGACCAGGCUCAGACUUCAGGAUAACCCGAUUACUUCAGGUGAGAAGCACAAAGAAGCUAGAGACCAAGUCUUCGCAAGGAUUCAGUAUCUCAAGCACUAUAAUGGAAGUGCAGUUCAGGAGAAAGAGAAGAAUGACUGCGAACAGUUUUAUGUCUCAAUGGCUUACAAAGAUUUUCUUGAGAAUCAUGGAGGAAUUGAGAAAGCAAAGGUAGAGUCUCUUGAAGACCUCACUUUGGGAGGGUACAUGACAGCCAAGCAUCCUCGAUUUUAUGAACUUGUUGAGAAGUUUAAAGUCAGUUUGGAGCACCUCAAUUCACAGAAGGAAGAUAAAGAGAAGAAGAUGAAGAAUAAUUUAGUAUCUGUAAAACUCAUUUCGCAACUUGAGCAUAAUGAAGGUAAAACUUUUAAAAAGAAAUUACUUCCUUCGAUGAUCGUUGAAAAUUUGAAAGGCUUGUGAUGCAAACUUUUUAAGGUAGAUAUUUUAUCAAUGAGACUAAGAUUCAGAGAUGAUGAAGUUAGCCAAGUUUAUUAUGAUAUCAAUGAGAACCUCCGUCAGCUCUCGUUCUAUGGAAUUGGUGAUGGAUGAGAGAUAUACAUAUCUUCAGUUGAUUAAUUGCGUAAUGCAUUGUGUUCAAUA